AUGCCUCAUUGGUCGCUUUUGGUGGAGAAACACACACUCCAGUAUGAGUACACCGCCCUUUCCACACCUGACACAUUCUCUGGAUCUGUGUUCAGUGGUGUGUGUGUGUGUGUGUGUGUGUGUGAUGAUAGACAGAUCUCUCACUACUGUAAUGAAGAACAAGACUGGAAGAAAUCAGAAAUCUGGAGAGAUGUUCCUGAACUACAUGAGUCUAGAGACUGGUUUCUACAUCAGCUUUAUCUUCUGUCAAACUGCACAAACUCCAAGUGUUCUGAGCUUCAUGUACUUCAGAGAAGAGCUGGAUGUGAGGUGGAGAAACUUCCUGAUGGAACAAUCAAGAAUCCGAAGGGGUUUGAUGAGUAUCAAUAUGAUGGAGAAGAUUUUAUUGUCUUUAAUUUUAACACAACACAGUGGAUCAAUAAAAAUCCCAAAGCCAAAGAAACAAAACUGAAGUGGGACAGUCAAACAAUACGAAACCAAAUCAUCAAGGAUGAACUCAAGAACUGCAUGAACUGGAUCUCCACAUUUAAUAAUACUCAAAGAAAGGAGCUUUAA